AUGCCGCCAGACUGGUUAUACGCGAUAUUUCUGACCGUAUUCUUUGCGGCCCGGGGAGUCGCGAUUCAACUUGACAUUCAAGAUGAGCAAUCGAUCAAGUCCGCAGCAGCGACAGCGGCCUACAAUAUGAUGAGCUAUUACCAUGGAAACGAGUCGGGUCAGACCCCAGGAAAGCUCCCCGAUACCUGGUGGGAAGGCGGCGCAAUGUUCAUGACCCUAAUACAAUACUGGUUCUGGACGGGCGACACAUCCUACAACGAGGUGACCACGCAAGGAAUGCUCUGGCAGAAAGGCCAUGACGACUACUUUCCUGCCAACUACAGCAACUAUCUUGGAAACGAUGAUCAGGUCUUCUGGGGGCUGGCCGCCAUGACCGCUGCUGAACUGAACUUUCCCGAGAAGGAUGACGACUCGUCGUGGUUGUCACUGGCACAAGGUGUUUUCAAUACCCAGGUCCCGCGCUGGGAUACCUCCAGCUGCGAUGGGGGUCUCCGUUGGCAGAUUUGGCCGUAUCAAGCCGGGUAUACGACGAAGAACGCUAUCUCGAACGGAGGUCUAUUCCAACUCGCUGCUCGUCUCGGUCGCUACACCAAGAAUCAAACCUAUAUUGACUGGGCGGAGAAGAUCUGGGAUUGGAGUGCUACUACGCCGCUGCUGAAGACGGCUGACUGGAACAUUGCCGAUACGACUACUUCUGAGGCAAACUGCAAGGACCAUGGGGAUCUCCAAUGGACAUACAAUUACGGCACUUACCUGAGCGGAGCUGCGUACAUGUACAAUUUGACUGAUGGAGGUGAGAAGUGGAAAGAAGCUAUCGAUGGCUUGCUCGGUACCACCAUAGCCAAGUUCUUCCCCCAUGAAUACGGUGGCGACAUCAUGUCGGAGAUUUCGUGUGAGCAGAGCAUGAUGUUCGACCGUAACCAAGAUUGCUUCAAAGGUUUUCUGUCUUCUUGGUUGACCUUCACCACUACCAUUGCUCCGUUUACACAAGACCAGAUCCUCCCCAAGAUCCAAGCCUCAGCACAAGCAGCAGCAAAGCAGUGCUCUGGUGGCGACUCCAAGACCGACUGUGGACGAAGCUGGUACAAGCAGGACAAGUGGGAUGGUUCAAAAUCGCUGGAGUCGGACAUGAGUGCGCUGAGUGUCUUGUCGUCCACCAUGAUCGCUCACAAGAAAGAGCACCAAGCACCCUUAACGGCGGAGACCGGUGGCACCAGCAAGAGUAAUCCCAGCGCAGGCUCGGGUCACAAGGAUCAACAGACCGGUACGCCGAAGCCGAUCACGACUGGUGAUCGGGCCGGGGCCUCGAUUGUGACGUUCUUCUUCGCGUGUGGCUGGAUGGCCUCGGUGAGCUGGAUGGUUUAUGGAGGAUAG